GGAUAUAUCUUUCCUUUCGUUGUAUAUUUUCAGUGGACUUCAUUUCGUAUAAAGUAGUGAUAAGGCCUUAUUUCCCGCCACUUGGGUCUUACUGGUGUAUGCUUGGUUGGUGUAGGUUGGGAGCAGAGUGAGGUUCUUGUUAAGGUUUGAAGUUUUCCAUAAUCAUGUUACUAGAUAAUGCAGACGAAAAUGUAUUUGAACGACAUCAAGAGUUGUGUGUAAAUUUAAAUAUGGAUAAAGACGCAGCUGAGGAAGCAUGGAGAAAUUAUGAAACGAUACGACAAAAUUAUACCUUGGAGGGUGACCAGCUGCACUGGCUGGGCUGUGCUCUGUAUGUGGCAUGCCGCAGAUCAUCCACACCGACAGUGGCAAUGUCGGGUAGGAUGGUAGAGGGGAACUGCGUCAGCCUCACUCGACUACUCAGACUCUGCAAUCUAAGCUUGAUGCAGUUCUUCAGCAAGAGCAAGAAUUGGGCGGAUAUGGCAAAUAUGCCACCAGAGUUCCGCAGAAAAAUUGAGAGGCUGGAGCGAAAUUUUGCUGUUUCGAAUAUCACAUUCAAAAAGUAUCAGCCAAUAUUUGUUGAUAUGUUUCGCAACCCUGUUGAUGACCAGCAGCGUCAAUCACGAUCCAAGAAACAGCGAAAUGUGCUCUGUACUUCAGCCAAAGUGUUCGACUUCUGCUGGACGUUGUUUGUGUGCGUGAAGGGCAAGUUUCCUGAUGUCAGUAAUGAUCUAGUCAGCUCGUAUCACCUGCUGCUGGCUUGCUGUGACCUGAUGUUUGCCAAUGCUCUCCUUGCUAAUCGACAGGACAUCCUUAACCCAGAUUUUCCUGGGCUUCCCUCAAACUUCCGGGACCAAGACUACGUUCCUCCUUCUGAGGCACCCUGUAUCAUACACCACCUUUGUGAGAAGUAUGGAGGAGCAGCAGUAGAGGCAAAGGGCAUUAAAGAGUAUACUUGGAAGAUUCACAUUAGGAGACUAUUUGACACAGGUGUUUUGAAGGGUAAUGCUUCCAAAUUAUGUGGCAUCUUGGACCAGGGCUGCUUCGACUACAGUUACAAUGCUGUCAGCAAGGCGUAUGAGGAAUAUGUUUUGAGCGAAGGAGAUUUUGAUGAGAGAAUAUUUUUAGCGGAAUGCAAGCGAUUGCGAGCGUUGGGGCCAAGGGCUAGACGGAACCAUUUGAUUGCUGCAUUAGUCUGUUCUAUCCCAAGGGAAACACGACCAGUGCUCAGGGAUAGAAAUAGUGAUGAAGGUGAUGAUGCAAGCAAAGACAUUGGCACCCCAGCAAAAAUGUAUGAAAUGGAGUUUGCAGUUCAAGCAAAAAGAGCUGGAGGUCAAAAGUACAGUGGAGGUAUGCAGCAGUUGUUUCCAUCAACGCCGCUGACAGGACGCAGGUAUCUCAAGAGCAAGGAGAUGCAGCAUAAUGUUACUCCAGUCUCUACCGCAACGCAGAGCGUGAGUCGCCUACAGACUCUACUGGCGGGGCGCCAAGCCAGUCCUAGUGAAACGCUUCUUGAAUUGUUUAGGUCAUGUUCUUGUGACCCGAAAGAGAAGAUUGCAGAGUUGGUGAGGGAAAUGGGGCAUCUGUUCUGUGCUCGCUACACUCAGCAUACUGAAGAUCACCCUGGCCAACACAUGGACUUUGCUCGCAAGCGGCUUCAGCUUGGGGAGAGCCUGUACUACAAACUGCUAGAGAAUAUCUUGGUUGAAGAACGAAAGAAGAAACCUGAUUUGGAUCUCACGAGCCUCCUGGAACAGGAAGUGUUCCAUCAGUCCUUGUUUGCUUGCUGCCUGGAAAUUGUGAUUUAUUCGUACAACUCGCAGAGAACAUUCCCCUGGCUGUUGGAUGCCUUGAGUGUGGAACCAUAUUACUUCUACAAGGUGAUUGAGGUGAUAGUGAAAGUAGAAGAUCACCUGUCGCGGAAUAUGGUGAAGCAUCUGAACAUGGUGGAAGAGAAGAUUUUGGAAUCAUUGGCAUGGCGUUCUGAGAGCCCCCUCUGGGAGAAUAUCCGCAAAUCUGGACUGCCAGUACCAUCGUGUGAAGACGUUUGCUUGCCUGGGCAGUUGGAUGACACAACAUCUUCUGUAUCCUGUCCCAACCCGGUCAUUCGAAGGCUGACAACAGGAAUUGACAGGGUGGCCCCUGCUCAGAAUCUAUCUCAGUCACCAGUAUCAUCAGUUUCUGAGAGAUUUCACUCACCACCAGCUGGAUCAAGUGCUGCAAAGAAGCGGUUGUUUGCAGAAGGUCCUGGAGUACAUAAUAUCAGAACAUCUGUAGUGCAACCUGGACAGUCUCUCCUACAGACCUCAGCUAAGAUGAUGUCGAUUAAUAUUCAGACAAUUGAAGGUGAGAAUGGUCAGCGCUACAUUCCCAUCUCGUACGUACCAGGUGCUGCAAGUGUUAUCAUUCAGGCACAGCCUACAGGAGCCCUGAAACAGCCACAACCUUCCACUUCACAGCAAGCAUCGCCCAACAAACAGCAGCUGCAGCUGUCACCAAAACAGCAACAACAGUCAUUGCCGUUGCAGGCUGUGGCAAAUAAGGACAAAAAACCAAAACGAACGGGAUCCUUAGGGCUGUUCUUCAGGAAGUUCUACCAUCUGGCAUCUGUCCGCAUGCAAGAGUUGUGUCUUCAUCUCAACAUAAAAGAUAUGGAGCUGAAACGGAAGAUUUGGACAUGCUUCGAGCACACCAUUAUCCACCACGCAGACUUGAUGCAGGACCGUCACGCAGACCAGAUUUUAAUGUGUUCAGUCUAUGUCAUCUGCAAGGUGGUUCAGAGUGAGAGGGCUUUUGGAGAAAUCAUGCGUUGUUACCGCCUCCAGCCACAAGCGGCCUCACACGUCUACCGCAGUGUCCUGCUUUGCACCAAGCACAGGCGAGGGUCUGGCUCUUCCAGCAAUGGUACCUCAAACACCUCGAGUCCUGUCCCCAAUGACACGGAGGUCAAAGGUGAGGAACCGAAGGAUGUGAUCCGAUCGUCAAGCACACUAUCUGUCACACAGCCCCCUUCUGCUCCACCUACACCAACACAUCUUGCAGGCACAGGAAAUAGUUUCGAGUUUGAGGAUCGUGGUGAUCUCAUAAAAUUCUACAACACAAUCUAUGUGCAGGAAAUCCAAGGAUUUGCACUGAAAUUCUCCGUUGGUGGAGGACAGAUGGAGAAUCUUGCUCUGUCACCAUUACCAGUAGGCAAGAAUCAGCCUAUGUCACCUUAUCGCAGAGUGUCAGACAAGCACACUGUGUAUAUUCGAUCGCUGGAGCCCAAGGUGCUGCCAACUUCUCCAAUACAAACACAGCCUCUCAGUUACUGCUUCAGCAGGAGUCCAGCCAAAGAUUUGCGUGCAAUCAACACCAUGAUCCAGAUUGACUCGAAGAGGGUGGGGAAGAGAAUACUUGUGGAUGAUACUCCUGAUACAGAUGCCUCUCCAGCUAAACAACACACUGCCGCAGCCAGGAGACUGCAUAACCUGAUAGGUGAACGUCUUGUUCAGACACAGGAGUAGGUGACAGCCGUCUUGUUGAGGUAUGAGGCACCCCCGAGAUUUGGCACAGUCUUUUAUAAUCUUAGAAAAAGGAAGUAGUAUUGCUGUAUCAUAGAAAUAGAAGUUCAAAUGCAGUUCUUUCUUCCAUCAGAUCACAAUUUUAUGAAGCUUAAGGGACCUAGAAGGUACUGGGUGCCAAGGAAACAGCUGAACAGCUCCAUCUUCUGGGAUAUAAUGCUGCGUAGUCAGUGAAAGUCAGUCGAUGAUUCAGAGAAAUGUCAGUGGAUUUUCACCAGACUAAACAGUUUUAAAUCUCAUAAGAUAGAAAGUCACCACUGUGAGAACCUGAAGAAGACGGAUGAAUGCAUUGUGACCAGCGCACUGUGAUAAUACCCACCAAUAGGGCUGUCAGAUAACUGUUCACUUGUAAAGUCCUUAUACGUUUGUACUGUUAAUUUUAAUUUUUUUUUUUUGCGCCCUUACAUAUUUGUUAUAUUUGUAGCCAGAUAAGUAUCUGAUGCUAGCACAAUUAUUUUUUUUAUCUUGACAGUUAUUAGAGUUGCACCCUGCUUCAAUUAAAAAGCAAAUUGUGUACUUCAUAAUGGUUUGAAAAGUUUUGAAGUUGUUACUGACUCAUUCAGUACAGAUAUGACAUUGAAUUUUAAAAUAUGGAACACAACAUAUAGAUAAACUAUUUGAAGACAUUACCUUGCCGUUUGCUAGCAGCUUUUAUGUCUAGCAAUUACCAGUAGUUUUAUAGUUGUGACACUAUAAAAUGGCAUAACCCAAGUUUGUGUGCACCUGUAUGAAUUUUUUAAUAGGAUGACACAUGCCAUGGAAAGUGCAUUUCAUUUCUUUCACUUUAUUGGAGCCAGGAUUCAAUAUGAAAGUUCUCUUUUUUAAUAGUAAUGGAUUACAAAAGUAUCAUUUCCUUUUUUUGUUUCUGUAUAUACAUAUGCAUGAUGAAAAUUUUGUUUUUAGAAUAUUGCUUUAGGAAGAUAAUUUAUUGUGUUAAUGCUAAAGAUGAAUUUGAAAGCUGCUGUAUGAAGGUGGAAUGGAAUUAUAUAUAGAAUCUAGGGAGGUAUUUUUUAAUUCUUGGAGUGUUCUUUGUAACAGGUCAGUAUGGUGUGCAUGUGUUAACUCCGGGGUACAACAUGAGAACUCUUGGAUGACCCAGACACAGGGUGCACAUGUCCCUUCUUUCUGAAUGUGUUGUUAUUCAAACCAAGUCAUCUUUCCUCUCUUUUGGAUCACUAUAGCGUAGGUUAUUCACUUAUUGAACUGAGAGUCUUUUUAUGUGGCCAUGAAAUAUUAUAACCAUUUACAUUAAGGGUUAUGUCCCUUUGCUUAAUUAAUUAUGCACCAGGUGUGUGCUAAUGCACUCUUAACCUCAACAUCUGUUACGUGAGGCUGGGGACAUGUAAUUCUGCUUAUAUGAUGAUGGUGAUGCUUGUCAGUCCUCAUAUUCCCAUUCAUAUCUUCGUACAGUACUCAUGGCAUAAAUGCUAGAAUGAGUACCAUUUUGUAACAACAUAAUGUGUAUUUUAUUGGUAAGGAGGCAUCUGAAAUGCUUCCUGGCACUUGCUGAGCUGCUGCUUUCAUUUGUUCUUCAUAUCAAAGUACAGUACUUUUUACCGUUUUAGGGCCACAAAGCAAAUAACUGUUUGCAUGCAGGGCACUUGUGACAUCACUCCUUGCUUGUCAUGUGAUAUUUUCAAACCUCCCACUUAUCUCCUAGACAUUGUAUCAUAAGGCAAUAAGCUUUCCAGUAUUACUAAGAUUUUUGAAAAUAAAUAGCCUGACAGGGUCACUGCAUCACAUAAAAGCAAUCAAGUAUAAAAAAAAUUAAAAAUGUGCUUAGCUUUUCACCCAGUCGUAUUCACUUUAUAGUGUCACAGUAGCCAUCUCUCUUCAAGCACUAAAGUUAAGAUGGAUGGAAUGUAGAGCAUUCAUUUUUGUCAUUAGCCAAACUGGUUCUCUUUCUUUCCAUAUGGUGGCAGUGAUUUGUUAGAAACUGAUACCCCAGGGCUGCUAAAUUCAGAGUGGCAGCCUACUAGGAUUCGCUCCUCCCUUAGGUGUCCAUGUCCUGUAAGGAAUUCUGUUCAUUAAAGUUAGCAUUGG